AUGUCUUGCUACGACCUGUGCCCACCCAAAACCAACGUUGCCGUCCCCCAGCCCAUCGCUGAGAGCUGCAACGAGCUGUGCGCCCGCCAGUGCCCCGACUCCACGGCCUUCAUCCAGCCCCCACCGGGAGCCCCCGCCUUUGGGGGCACCCUGGGGCUGGGGGGCCUCUACGGUGCCGGGGCCACCCAGGGCUCAGCCGGCCUCUGCACCUUUGGCAGACCCUACGCUUCUCCCGCCUGCAGCCCUUGUGUCUUGCCCCGCUACAGCAAGAAGCUCUGGGACACCUGUGGGCCCUGCUAG